AGCUGAGGGUCGUACGGCUGUCUGGAUAAUGCUAAUAAUCACUGUCCGGGUAUGGGAGGCUGCUGUUAAAAUGUCCGCCCGCUUUACUCUAUCGAAGCGGUACCCCCGCCACCCUAAAGGUGAGCCGGUGACUGGCUGAGGCUGCAUUGGAGUGCGGUGCACGGCUUAAAGGCCGAUUUCUGGCCGAGGUUUAUUCUGGUGGUCGGGAUUUGCUGUCUUUGUGGUAUUUUGUUUAUAUAUAAAGAGGAUAUUGUGUUGCAUAUAAAAUCUGUAUAUAUCAAUAUAAAAUGUGUGUGUAUAUAUGUUUGUGAUUGUUUUGUGUGUGUGUGUGUGUGUGUGUGAGAGAGAUAUGUAUGCGCAUUUGUUACAUAAUAGCAUGAAAUUUUUACUUAAUAUGUGACUUUUUUACCAUUUUAAAUAUUGAAAAUGUUACUUUCUGUUAUAUGGUAUGAAAUUAACCAGUGGCCUGUACCACGAAGCGGGGUUAAUGGCUUAUCGGGGUAACUUUUCGGAUUUAAGGUACCACAGUGUAAAUGUACUUCAUAUUCGUUCGCUUACAUUUCGCCCAGACUACCUUAAAUCCGACAAUUUACCCCGAUAAGCCAGUAACCCCGCUUUGUAGUACCGGCCGCUGAUGUGUUAAUCACCCAGCCGUUAUAAUGACUGGUUUCUCUGUUUUCUUAAUGCUGCAAAGGACUUGCAAAGUGAGUAUUUGUCCGAAUUUACUUCUCUAUCGAAUACCUCCAAAAGUGCUUGAAUGUUAGACACAAGGAAACAAAAAAUCCUUAAGGAUACUUUGUAAAUGCGCGAUAAAAAUGAGUCUCCUCGGCCCGAGUUCCGCCGGUUUUAAUGGGCUCCUGCUUUGAGUGCAUGGUGUUCAAGCUCGGAGUCACCCCCACCUAACUGUGCCAAUCCACCCAUGCUUCGCGGAUGAAAGGAGCCCAUCAAGCGUUUCUGUUACUUGAUCCCACUGCCGGUCACCUCCAGCCGAAGUGAAAAUCCUCCCCCCCCCCUCAAAUCAAGAAAUGGAUCAGGCCAAGCUGGAUCAGGCUCACGUGGACAGCACCACCUGUGCACCUGCAGAGGGGUGGCCUGGCGUGGUCCCCCGAGAGGGAAACGGCACUUCGUCCUCACCGGAGAGCAGCAGCGUGAACGGUGAUGUGCGGCGCGUGGGGAAGCGGCAGCGGCGCCGCAAACGCUCCUCUCGCUCGGAGACCAAGGCUGCUGGCGCGGAAGGGCGUCUUGGCGGGCGAGGGGACGGGCAACAUGUCUCCCCCAGCGAAAGCCGGUCCCCCGGGCCCAGCGCAAUGCUGCUCGGGCUCCAGGCGGAUACAGUGUGGUUCGGCCGCAGCGCCUAUGAGCAGGCCGAGAGUUCCUACCAGCGGUGGCUGGUCAGCCAGGCUUCCGCCCCGGAUGGGUCCCCUCCACUGGCACCGUCGUGCCGGGAGACCUCGCGCAGUCCUCCAGCUGUUGCCCCAGCCGUGUCCGAGCAGUCUGCUGACUGUCACCAUGCUGACCAGGUGGCCUGCCACCACAUGGUGCAGGCAGUGUGGGUGAACAAGCCAUCCUUCGACUCAGCUGAGCGCAGUUACAUGGAGCAGGCCCUCCCCCGUGCUGCUCCAGGGUCCCUCCCCCUCCCCCCCGGACGCAGCCUUUCCUCUCAGCCUACCCCAGACGAGGGCUAUCUCACCCAGGCCCCCACCCCAGCUACCCCUUCCCCUAUGGUCCAGCAAGAGUCUGUGAACGGGCUGCCCCGUUUUCCCGCCGAGCUGGUCGGGGGCGUGUGGGUGGAGAAGCCUCGCUACGACCAAGCAGAGUCCGCCUAUUACCAGCGGCUGUAUGGCCAGCCUGCUGUGGUGGCCCAGGGUGGGGGCAAGCCCGCAGGAGCCAAGGACUCUGGCAGGCCAGCCAAGGUGACAAAAGACCAAAAUGGGCUAGGACGCGAGGAAGACGGCACCCCCCGGAGGGACAAGUAUGGCCCGUCUUCACAAGGAGGACGGUCGGCUUGCAUCAUAGGCCUAUUAGUUUUUUUUUUUAAUAUUUGUGUGCAUACUUUUGUGUGUGUGUGUUUGUGUGUGUCCUGCAGCAUGUGUUACUUUAAACAAAACCGUCUAAAUGUUCCAUAUGAGGCAGCUCUCAGGCUAUGUCAUGGUUUUAUUCAUCCAGUUUCGUAGUCUUUUUUGAAGCGUUUGUACUUAAGGCUUUUUUGACUCGGUUUCUUGUUGCUGCGGGGCUGUUUGGUUUAGAGGUCAGGCCUCUAUUUGCAGACCGGGAGACAUUUCACCCGGUAGCUGCAUUGUUUUCGGAGCAGAUGACGGGCCCCUCUUCCGGACCCUCGCCCCUGGCGUGGUCUAGCUAACAGUUUGUGUCUAUGAUGUAGCUCCCAGUGUCCUUGCGGAGGCUUUGGAAUCCCGCCCGAUUUCUUGAGGCUAGACAGGGAGCCUGACCCACAUCCUGCCAGGGCUUGUAGCUGUUAGGCUGCUCGCUGACCGACAGCUUGUCUGCCCCAUCCCCACCCCGUCUGGUGGCCUGUAACCAAUGAGAGUGCUUCGCUACCCUCAUGUGACUCCUCUCCUUCCUG